AUGGCCCCCGCCCCCUUCUCAUUGGCCUCGCGCACAAAGCUCUCCAAUGGCCUGUCCAUGCCCACAAUCCAACUCGGCGUCUACCUGACGUCCGGGCACGAGACAUACCAGGCCGUCCGCUGGGCGCUCGAGACUGACGCCGCCAGGCUGGCUAUCGCGGGUAGGCAUGGGCACCCCACCCCUCUGCGCAACACAGCAUCCAUGACGCGUGCUACAGGGUCGACUCGGCGCAAAGACAUUCACUUUACCUCGAAGCUAGCGUCCAACUCGGCCUACGACACGGCCCGCCAAGCCAUCCACAGAUCGGUCAAGGAAGCCGGCCUGGGCUACAUUGAUCUGUUUCUGCUGCACUCGCCCUAUGGCGGCAAGCAGGCGCGCCUCGACAGCUGGCGCGCCGUCGAGGAUGCCAUGCGCGACGGCCAGGUCAAGAUUGGAGGCGUCUCCAACUACGGCGUCAAGCAUCUGCAAGAGUUGCUCGACUCCAACCCCAGCAUCCCCCCGGCCGUCAACCAGAUCGAGGUGCAUCCGUUCAACACGCGCAAGGAUAUUACUGCCUUUUGUCAGCAGCACAACAUUGUCGUCGAGGCAUAUGCGCCGCUCGUGCGCGCCCUGCGCAUGAAGCACCCCAAGAUCGUGUUGCUGGCCAACAAGUACGCUUGCACGCCGGGCCAGCUGCUAGUGCGCUGGAGUCUGCAGCAUGGCUACGUGCCGCUGCCCAAGAGCAUACUCGUCCAGAGCAUCCAUGGCCUCGAUAUCAGCACUCUCAAUUUCGAAGCCCCCAACCUGCGCAUUCUCCACAAUGCGCUAGGAAGGCUCGUCUCCACCCUCGAGGCCUCUUCCCUCUUCUCCAAGAACCCCGAGUACAAGAAGGCCCUCGAGGUUGUCUCUGUCCCCGAGCGCAUCAUCCAGUUCCGCGUCGUCUGGGAGAACGACAAGGGCGAGUGCCAGGUCCAGAAGGGCUACCGCGUCCAAUUCAACUCGGCCCUUGGUCCCUACAAGGGAGGCCUCCGCUUCCACCCCACGGUCAACCUGUCCAUCCUCAAGUUCCUGGGAUUCGAGCAGAUCUUCAAGAAUGCCCUCACUGGACUCAACAUGGGCGGCGGCAAGGGCGGCUGUGACUUUGACCCCAAGGGCAAGUCUGACAAUGAGAUCCGCAAGUUCUGUGUUGCCUUUAUGAGGGAGCUCAACAAGCACAUUGGUGCCGACACAGACGUUCCUGCGGGCGACAUCGGCGUCGGAGGUCGCGAGAUCGGCUACCUCUUCGGCGCAUACCGAGCGGAGCGCAACCGCUGGGAGGGCGUCCUCACUGGCAAGGGAGGUGCUUGGGGAGGCUCCUUGAUCCGCCCCGAGGCCACUGGCUACGGUCUCGUCUACUAUGUCGACCACAUGAUCAACUACGCCUCGGGCGGAAAAGAGUCGUUCGCCGGCAAGCGCGUCGCCAUCUCUGGCUCCGGAAACGUCGCUCAGUACGCUGCGCUCAAGGUCAUCGAACUGGGCGGAACCGUCGUCUCCCUCAGCGACAGCAAGGGUGCUUUGAUUGCCGAGGACGACAAGGGCUUCACCCCAGAGGUCAUCAACCAGAUUGCCGCCCUCAAGCUGGAGCGCAAGGCUCUUACCGCCCUCGAGAACCACAGCUACAGGUAUGUCGAGGGUGCCCGUCCAUGGAAGGAGGUCAAGAAGGUCGACGUUGCUCUUCCGUCUGCGACCCAGAACGAGGUCUCCGAGGAUGAGGCUCAGGCUCUCAUCGACGCUGGCGCCAAGUUCAUCGCCGAGGGCUCCAACAUGGGUUGCACACAGGAGGCCAUUGAAGUCUUCGAGGCCCACCGUCGCGAGAAGAAGGGCGAUGCCAUCUGGUACGCACCCGGAAAGGCCGCCAACGCUGGUGGUGUUGCUGUUUCUGGUCUUGAAAUGGCCCAGAACUCUCAGCGUCUGUCUUGGACCGCCGAGGAGGUUGACGCCAAGCUCAAGGGCAUCAUGAAGGACUGCUUCGAGAACUGCCUGAGCACUGCCAAGGAGUACUUCACCCCGGCCGAGGGCGAAUUUCCAUCUCUCGUCGGCGGUGCCAAUGUUGCUGGCUUCCGCAAGGUCGCUGCCGCCAUGCACGACCAGGGUGACUGGUGGUGAACACACCCACACACAACUACCUUUUGUACAUCAUACCUCACGAUACCUCCUUUUUUUUACAUUGGCUAAUGGCGUUGAAAAUUGCUAGUUUUGUUUUGUACAUAGAUAUCUUAUGAAUUGAAUGAACCA